CGAUGGUAGGCUGGAGAGAAGGAUGGUCAGGGCCGCCCCCCGCCUCUAACCCCAACAUGAAAGUGGAACUGAUUCAACACCGGUUAUAGAACCGAGCCAGGCGACGUUUUUAUUUAUCUGUUGUUACUCUUGAAGAUUCCCAAAAACAACAAUGGAGGACGACUAUGUGUGUGAGUACGACUCUACAUGGGACACAGAGAGUGAUGGAGACGACCCAGCCGGAGAGAGCCAGAGCCGACGGUCUACUCAAGACAAAAACAAGUCAUCCUGGGCUAUAUGGCAGCCCACCCCAAGAAAUAUGAGGGCAGCAAAAGACAUGCAGAACUACAGAAGAGGAUAUCCUAAUCUAACAGAUGAUGAUUGCUCAGAGGACAAAAUGAACAACCUCCAAUUCUAUCUGAAUAAGUUUCCUUCUGCUCCUGAUGAUGUUUAUAUUGAGUCAUUUCUUAAGGAUUGGAAAAAUGACUACAAAAAGCUGGAGAGGGUUCACUCUUACAUCCAAUGGUUGUUUCCACUGCGAGAACCAGGAGUUAAUUAUAUGGCUUCAGAACUCACCAAGAAGGAAAUUGAGGCUUUCAAGAAAAAUGAGGAUGCCAAAAGGAGACUGGUGGAGGCUUACGAACUAAUGUUGGGCUUUUAUGGAAUACGUUUAGUCAACAAAAACACCGGUGAAGUGAAGCGUGCAGAAAAUUGGAAGGAACGUUUUGGAAACCUGGAGAGAAAUAUGCACAACAACCUGAGGAUAACUCGCAUCCUGAAAAGCCUCGGGGAGCUCGGCUUCGAGCACUACCAGGCUCCGCUUGUGCGCUUCUUUCUGGAAGAGACUCUGGUCAAGAAGACGCUGAGUAACGUUAAACGCAGCGUGCUCGACUACUUCCUGUUUGCCGUGCUAGACAAACAUGAGCGGCAGGAGCUUGUGCGAUUUGCUUACCUUCACUAUGAGCCAAAAGACAAGUUUGUUUGGUGUCCCCGAAAAAUCCAGAAACAGUUCAGAAAGGCUGCCAAAAACUCUGAAGUCGCUGGGAAUGUAGACGGGAGGGAUGAAACGUUUUUACACUGUAAAAGCAAAGACGGGGAAGCAGCGGCACAGCAGAAAGAAGAUGAGAUGAAUAAUAUUACUAAGACUAUUAAAGAAUCUGAGAAAAACAAAGACAAAAGCAAACAGCCUGAAGAAUCUUCCAAGCCACCAGCGGAAGAUGGGGCUCUUGGAAAUGGAAAUCUGGAUUCAGAGUCUAAUAUUGGAAAUAACAGCAAUGGAAAUGAAUCUCCAGAUAAUGAUCAAGAGAUGGAACAGUCCCCUUGUCAAGAUGUUGACUCCAGAGAGCAUGAAGUGACCACAGAUGAUGAGCAGAAAUCCACAGGCAGCUCUAAGCUCACUGUUCAAGAAUCGGACAUUAUGCAAACCAGUGCGGACAAAGAAGCUGAAAAACCUCCAAAGAAGAAGAGAGAAGAUGACGAGUUCCCACAAAUCAACAAACCUGCCGAAGACUCUGCUUCUGCUGCCAGCAUGGAGGAUAAAGCUGCUGUCGAUAAAGCUGCAGGUCAAACAAGCCCAUCAGUCCAAACUCCUCUUAAGACCUCAAAACACUCACCCUCUCCGUCUUCUGAAAGGGAGGAAAAGAUCCCAAGGACUGAUUUUAUAAUGACGGAUAAAACAAACGAAGAAAUGCUACAAGACAGUAUGCCAGCAUCAGAUGGGAUGCAGAUCAGCAACGAUGUAGAAGAAGAACGAAAUGGGACAGAGUCGGAGGACUGUCACAUGGAUUCCACCCCCUCAGGCUCAGAUCAAAUUAAGGGAGCCUCAUGAAGAAGUGGUGAAAGAAAGAAAUUCAUAUAAACUAAGAUUAAAUGUACUAUAAGGACAGAAUAUGACUUUGAGCAUUUUCUAGGCCUUAUUUUUACUAUAUUUAAUGUUAAGAUGCCAUUCAUUUGUUUUUACUUUAAAUGAAAUAUGGGUCUUUAGCCAAAAGCAGCAAUAUGUUACUAGGAUGCUAUAGUUUAAGGUCUGUUUCUGACUUCAACAUUUUCACAACAAAGACGUUAAGUUCUCUAAUGCUGAGUUUUUCCGGCUGUAAUGAAGAGAAGGGAUUCAGUGGUUGUAUAUAUUUAAACGUGCAGAACAAGAACAUAUUUUAAAAUUACAAAGCAUGAGCUAAUGAGAUUCAUUGCUGAUUUAGCGUUUUCUUUGACUGUAAACAAUCUAUACCAAACAAAGGAUCAAAUCUUCAUUUACUCGACUGAUAUAGUCCAAUGUUUUUUUUUUUUUUAUGGUUAAAAAGUUCUAAAGUUCUGUUUCUUGGGGGGAAAAAUGUUUUUGAAAAUAUAAGUAUUUCAUAAAAGUGUGUUCUUUACUGAACAGUAUGUUUGCUUGAUACACAGUCCACCUCUUUCAUCUAAGGUGCUGCUUUAGUUCACCAUUGCAUGUGAAUAAAAGAAGAAAAUAGGUGUUGCUUGUCAACAAGUAAAGCUAAUAGUUCAACAGUCUUGACAGCCAUCAGAGAGUUAAAAGGUCUUUGCUAAAUAAGCUGGCUGCCCAGGAUGCUAUGAUGAAGCAUAUUUUGGGAAAAUUGGGUGAAAGGGAAAAGUUUCACUGCCAACAGUGACAUCUGAAGCUGGCCUGUUAGCGGGCUUUUAGCUAGCAAUGCGUAUGUAGAAUGUACGCAAUGUUUUUUUUGUUUUUUUUUUUCAAAAAAAAGUUGACUCAAAUUUUACAAGCAGACGCUGGAGUUGGAAAAUGUAUUUUUUUCUGCUCAACGCACAACAUCAAACAAUCAGAGAAGCUGUUCUGUGAGCUGGCAGGGAGACCGACUCAUGUAGAGACGCUAUGUUCACUCCACUGCAGCAUUUUAUUAACGCUUAAAUUAACCUAAAAUGUCGGAACCUUCUGGUAAAAUUUGUUCACUUUUAUUACUCACGGGUUUGCAGUUGGAGCCACAUACAUGAAAAACGACAACCUCUACUUCCAACAACCACAGACAGUAGGGGAAAAAUCCCAAGAGGCUAAUAGGCCCAAUGCAACUGUUGCUGGGAAUUCCCAGUGGCAGCGCAGAGAAAAAAUAUUUUAAGAAGGAUC